ACCUCUCUUUUGAGCAUAUCUCAAAUGUCCAGCGUUACACUCAUAGCUGAGGCUUUUGGCCGUAUCGUGUACAGUUUUACACGCGGUGUAACAGAGCAUUGCAACCCAGAGGAACCUGAAAUUACGGCGCGGGUUUUUGAUCCUCUAUUAAACAACGGACGCGAGUGGUUUCACCAUCCUGUCGACGAGGUGAUUUAUCAACAAUACAGCUACAGAAAAGCCACGGCUCAGGACUAUCUACCUUCCAGCGAUGUCUGUGCAAGGCUUAUCGACGCCUCUUCGGUAGAGAACCCAGAAGUACCAGAAAAUCAAACAGAGGAAGAUGAAGCAAUGGCUUGGAAGCGACUCAGACCAUCCGUUCUCCUCUCAGUUUGUCAAUCAAUGUACAUUGGCUCUCUGAUUUCGUUUUUAACGGCUACCUUUGUAGGUUCAGCAUUCAUACUGACAUCGUACGUAUGCUACGAGACUGUAAACUACUGCCAAUUUUACCCAAAAGAGUCUAUUCCAAUAAGAAUACAGUGGAUGAGAUCGAUCUCGGAUAUCAUUGCCUGUGCCUUCCUUUACAUUUGGUUCUUGGCGUAUUUGCUAUUUCUUUUCCGUCCGUAUCAGUUAAAAGGAGUGAAAAGGAAACUAUUUUUAGUCUGUUGUGUGACGUACUGCUUGGAUUCCCUUUAUCGCGUGGGUCUUCAAGUCCUGAAUAUAUCUCAUUCCAAUCUAUCCUCAGUGCAGAAGAUUCCUUUAAAUUUUUUGUUCGUCAUGAACUAUUGCGUCCAGGUAUAUUUAUUGACUAAACAUUUACGCCUUACAACGAAGAAAGGACAGCUGAUUUUGUUCCUUCAACUGAUAGUACCUGCUUAUUUUUGUUUGUUUCUAGCCAUUCCAGUGGCAUCGUUGAUUUAUCCAGCUUACAUUAAACAAGACAAUGAAGGGAAAUUACUAAUCGCUCUAUUUGCUCCUCUCAUUGGAGUCGUACUCGAAGUCAUCUCACGAAUUUUUGUUCAGCGGUUAUGCAAUAUUACUCAUCCGGGAUAUUCGUAUGUCUUGCUGGCGCCGUUGUAUUGCGCUUCGGCGGUUAUGUUCCGUCUCUUACAAGCGGAACUAGAUAGCUUAAAGUCCAUCGCUAUUAUUGGGAUUAUUCACGGCGCUGCAGAGGUCAUAGAACGAAGCACCAUGGUUGCAAUUGAUCAUCUUUGCCAUGCGAUCCUGAAAAGAGGAUCAACUCCUUGGGGAGGUUUUCGCACUCCUCGCCGUGAGAGACUAAUGGCUGAUAUCGCCAUCAUGAGCAUGUUGUAUGAAUCAAUUGCUAUAGUGUCUGUAAACGGUGUUUUAUACUUGUAUCAAAUGAUAUACUUACAAAACGAAACCUUUGUAAAUUUACUCAAGUAUUUUGCCAUUUUCACUUCUGUUCCACUGGCGAUCGAGUGUUUCUUUAUCACCCUAUCGAUUAUGAUCGCUACACGCUAUCAGAAUAUGCCUAUCAUGGCCAUAUGGCGAAGAAGAUGGAAAAGACAUAUAGUUCUGGCGAUUAUUACAUCAGUAUCUAUAGCAAAUUGGACCAGUACAAACCUUUUAGCGAUUGUCCAUCAGCGCUUUGCUGAAGAUUCGUCAAAUAAGACUUGUAAAAUGCCGUUUAGUUAAGUUGGCAUAUGAUUACCACCUUUGCUUCCUCAAAAUAGGAUACUUUGU